UCCUCUUCUUCCUUUCUUCUCUUUGCUAUUCACAAAAGAAAGAAGAAAAAAAUCAUCAGUCAAAGGAAGAAUUAGCAAAAGCAGAAGCUAAACAAAAUCAAGCAAAGAUGUCUUGGCAACAGUACGUGGACGAGCACUUGAUGUGCGAUGUAGAAGGCCAAGGCAUUCAUCUCACCGCAGCUGCUAUCAUCGGCCAAGACGGCAGCGUUUGGGCCCAGAGCGCUCCCUUCCCUGCGUUUACGCCUGAGGAAAUAACUGCCAUCAUGAAUGAUUUUGCUGAACCUGGUUCUCUUGCACCAACUGGCUUAUUCAUCGGUGGUGUAAAAUACAUGGUGAUCCAGGGUGAACCAGGGGCUGUGAUAAGAGGGAAGAAGGGCUCUGGCGGUGUGACUGUUAAGAAGACCAACCAAGCCUUGAUCAUUGGUAUAUACGAUGAGCCUCUGACACCUGGUCAGUGCAACAUGAUUGUGGAAAGGCUGGGUGAUUAUCUAAUUGACCAGGGCCUUUAAUUGCAUAGCACUGGACUUGUGGGCAGUUGAUAUCAUUUCCAAUGGAGAGCUAGGUGUGAAGAUGAAGUGAUUUGGUGCUUGAAAGUGAUGAUGCUGAUAUUGAUUCCCCUAUAUUGUAUGAAAUUUGAAUUUUUUUUUUCUUUUUUCCCCCCCAAACAUUUGCUGGGAAUGUGUUAUUUUACAGUGGAAAAUUUUAUUUGCAAGGGAAUUGUUGUCUUAGACUGAUGAUUUUUCUUAUCCUUAUACCAUUGAUGUUAAAUUGCAAUUGCCAUCUAAAGUUGAUGCA